AUGGUGAAGGUUGAUGGGAGAGUCUUCAACUUCCUGAAUGGGAAGUGUGAAGCUUCCCAUCUCAUGAAGAGGAAUCCACGUGAGAUCACAUGGACGGUCCUCUACAGGCGAAAGCACAAGAAGGGUCAAGAAGAAGAACAGGUGAAGAAGAGAACCAGGCGAACGGCGAAGUUCCAACGAGCCAUUGUUGGUGCCACUCUGAAUGACAUCAUGGCCAAGAGGAACCAGAAGCCUGAAGUGAGGAAAGCCCAGAGAGAACAUGCCAUUCGAAUCGCCAAGGAGAAGUCCAGGGCUGCAAAGGCUGCAAAGAAGGCCACUCAACCACCUGCCAAGGCAGCAAAGGCACAGCCAAAGCAGAAGCCUGUCAAGGCUAUUCAGAAGGGAGCACCCAGGGUUGGAGGAAAACGAUAA